AAGUAAUAACAAAGCGUAAUAGUGUUUUUUUUUCGAUUAUAAACUUCCUUACAGUUUACAGUGAAAAAUCGAUGAAAUCCACUGACGAUUUUAAGUGAGUCAUGUUAUAGUACAAUAAUUACGUGAUGGUAUCAAAGUUACUUCGUUCUAAAAGAAAACAUGUUGAUUAUUUUGAAGAAAGGAAACAAAACUGAAAAAGUUGAAAAUGUUUAUCUGUCGGAAGGCCAUAAACCUACUGUGGAUGGGAAAAUACCUCUCAUGGAUGACGAACAGAAUCCGUUGUACAUUGAAUCCGCCCUGUGGUUUAAAACCUAUAUGGUUUCAGUCAUUUACAUUGACUGUGACAAGAGAAAAGUUAUUUGGUUUAGAGACGAUGUUGAUCCAUUCCAGGGAGGGGAAAACUUACAUGAUUGGAGCUCAGUCGACAUAGAUGUGGUUAACGGGCAGUAUUUGUUUCAGGAUGCCAGUAUGGUUUAUGAUUUUGAUCCCACUAUAGAUGAACUGACUGAUCGGUCAGUAGAAGUAAUGAAUGCUCUGGCAAACAGACAAAUAACAAAAACCAGUUUCAUAUCCGAGGUGAUUCGUAUAAUCCACUGCUACAUACUUCCGGCUGUUUGUUUCACAAGCCAAGAUAUGGAAAAAUUGAAAGUAGCUUCUCAGAGAGUUGAGUCAAUACUGAAAAUAACAGAAGGAAACAUCAUUAAAAAAGGUACAUCUGUGGACCUAUCUUGUAACAGCCUUGAUAAACAACGAAAACGACUUCUACGAAUUGAAGAUUUUCAUCUUGAAUCAUAUGUGCGUUGCUGUAACAGAAUAUUUUUAUCAUUCCUACUUCUGCACAUAGAAAAAGACAUUCUCAAUCUUGACUCAAGUCUCUUUAUUCGCCAGCAAGAAAUAAAUAAACGAAGAGACAGUAAAGCAGACACUGGAGAUGUCAUAGAAAGUGAAUUAAAGCUGUUGAGAAUUGAAAGAGAUGAAUCUCACAAAGCCCUAGAAAAAUUACAAGUUGUCCGUGAAAACAUUAAAAAUGUUAUAAAGAGACAAAAUCAUUCUAAAAUUACCAGGAAAAGGUUUAAGAUUACCCAAAAUGUAUUCCAUGAUAUUUAUCGUGAAUUGUCUAUCCGACUUCAAGAGCAAAAAGAAGAGAUGCAUAAAUUAGUGAUACAAAAAAUAAAGAUCACUGCUGUGAGAGAGGCAAUCAAAAAUUCUCUGAAAGAACUCAAUCGAGAUGGAUUGUCUCCUUCUCAACCAAGAACUUCAUAUACUGAUGGUAGCGAGUAUUCCACUAACAUGCUUGGCACUGAUGAAAAACCAGCUGACUGGAUGACAAUUGAUGACAGAGUAAAGAAGUUAUUAUCUUCUCUUGAAUGCGAACCUUUGCGCACACAUAGUGAUGGAAUUCAUUUAAUUCUGGAGAAAACAGAAGCUGCUUUAAGUGAAAUGUCACAAUUUGGAUUGAGGAUAGAAAUUGGAGAUGAUCUUCAGGGUAGAUCACGGUUAUCUAGUAUAGGAAUAGAAACAGAAUUCAAUUCAUUAAAUUCUAUGGGUGAUAAUUUAGAUGCAAAUAUUUCUGCCAGUGAAGCGGAUUGCGACUUUCUCAGGAAUAUGGGCGAAGCUUCACGUACUCGAAGAAGUCAAGUUAAAUCACUUUCUGUAUCGAUGUGUGAACAAUUAAGUGAGUUAUCUACUAGUUCUAUUAAACCUGCCAUUAGUGACAUUGUUCAAGAUUUCCUUAAUCACAUUGAUAAAAUGUGUAGACUGUUUUUUAACUAUUUUCCGAAUGUGGAACAGCGCCACUUUAACAAAUUAUGGAUAAGUUAUGAAGCUAUUUUCUGUGAACGUGUUAUUAAAAAGUUGAUGGAAUUAUAUUUUUCUGUGUAUAAAGGGCCAUGUCACACACUCUAUAGAUCUUUAGUUAAACUUUCCAUAUCUGAAUUUGUCAUUGAUGAUCAAUUUUUCCAAAUGGUGAUGCGACAAAGCUUUGAAAGUUUAUCAGAAUUUGAAGAGAGUGCCAUGUCAUCUACUGAGGCUAAGUUAGACUUCCAGGACUCUAAUUCUGAUAUGAUGAGCUUAACUUCAUCAGAAAUUCAUUUUGAAAUUUCGAAAUGUACUUCAGAACAGCUGUAUAACAGCACGGAUCAGGAAUGUGGACAGAAUCUAAGUGAGGUGCACAAUAUUUUAGACCCAGCUUGUUGUUUUAAAACAUCUCCAAGCAUUGAUUCUCUAACUAGUUUGACAGAAGAUACAAUUGGUCAGGAAAUAGGUGUUUCUGGGAGGCCAGAAUAUCAUACAUCUAAAAGUGUUGAACAGUGCUAUAAAGAAGCAAUAGAGAAGUUACUCAGCCCGGCAAAAGAUAUGAUUAUAAAAGCCAUUGAGGGUAAAUCAAUCCUAGAAAAGUUACGCCAUGUAACCAAAGCAUUUGCUUUUAUGAACAAUCAAUUAAGUAGAAUUAACAGUGGACAAAACUCUGUUUGCUGUGAUGACAUGAUAACAAUAACAACGGCAUUAAUUUUAGAUCUUGACUGUGAUAUGUUUACUAAUCUUUAUUCUACUAUUAAUUUAUUAAUAGACCUUAAGCCACCAUUUCUAUCAGGAAGUGUUCAUGAUUUUUGUCUGACUACAUUUUUUGGUGCGUAUCAGUACUUAUUUGACAAACAAGUUCUAGAAAGGCGGGAAUUAACAUCCACUAAUUGCUAGUUAGUUAAUUCAUUGUUAAUGUAGGCUUAUCUAACUUCAGGUCAGGUUGAAAUUACAUUGGCUAUAUUUUUGAGAUAACUUUGGGCUAAUAAAAAAGUGAUUAAAUAUUGCCAAAAUUCACAUACAUGUAAGAUGUUUGUUUAAACAUACAUUAUGCAAGAGCUAAAUCUGCUUAUUGCAGGUCUUUCUUUAGGUAUGAAAUGUUAUCUAAAUUAUUAAUUAGACAUUAAUUGACUUAUCCAGACCAUAAUCAACUCUCGCUGUCAAUGCUAGCCAGCCUGCUAUAUUUACUAGAUUGGAAUCUGACCUGCUGCUCAAAGCUCAUUAAUGAUUCAAUCAAAAAUGGAUAAUCAAUAAUCAAGACUGUUUUUUUUUUUUAUCAUACCGAAUUUUAGUAAUGAUGAUCGAGGCUAGUCCUAAAAUUAAAUCGCUAAAUUGUCGGUUCAGAAUCAGAAUACUAAUAUAGCUACUGUAAUUUUUAUGAGUCAAAAUAAUGUUAGGGUUCUAAGAAUUGGAAAUUGCAUGAGGCGGAUUGUAAUAAUGCUGACAUUAUCCUUAUUCUUAGAUCUGUAUACAUUAAUAUUAUAUAAACAUGUAGGUUAUAUAGGAUUCAUUUGAUUUGUCUAAAGAUAAUAAUCUAUCCCGGUACAUGUACUUAUGAUAAAGGUCAUUCAUUAUUCAUUACUCCCACAUAUUAAUUAGUUAUUCAAGUGCAGACAGGAAUUGAACUUUGAAUGGGAACCAGGAUAUAUUUUAAAGACAAUAUUCAGUUGUACAUGUACAUUUUUGAAUUUUUGAAAGCCGCCAAAUUUUUUUAUUUGGGUGGUGUUGGGGGGGGGGGGGGGCACUGCUCCCUGUAAUUCUCUUCUGAAUCUGUCAGUGCUAUGUAUAUUUAGUAUAAUAAGAAUUGCAUGUUUUUGGUCAGAUAUAUUACAGUUCUGGUAGUUUAACACACUGUACAACAUAAUUUUUGAUAUGUCUUUUUGCUAUAAACAUUCCAGUAUUAUUAGCGUACACAUGGUGCAAAAUAAGUAACCCUUUCAAUACCAGACUUUUAAAUUUCCUUACCACUACAUUUAUCACUUAAUUUUCUUUAGUAAUGUAGAGUUACAUGACUAAAUAAAAAAUUUGUUUUAAGGGGAAAUUUUUGUAAUUUUAUCUCAAUGAAGAAAGAGAACAAUGUACGCUACAUGUACAUUAUAUAGGGCUAAUGUUUAAAAAGAUCUGAUUUUGUAAUUUAAAAAAAAAAAAUUAUUAUAAAUAAUUUUAAUCCUAAUCCUAUUAAAUGUCUUGUUUUAUUUAUUGCUAUUGAAAUAUAUAGCAGUAUUUCAUACCUUUAUUUUUUGUAAAAGUGUAUGCGGAAAUAUUAACAUAUUAUAUAUGUAUAUUAAAUAUUUAUAAGAGAUUAAUAUCGUAAUCAGUUAAUAAAUAAAUGCUCUUCCUUCACAUUUUUAAAAUCAGACUUGUUACAGAAACCUAAAUUGGGUUGUUUUUUUUUUCAUAUAAUGUACAUUGUAAUAUGAAAGAUAAGAUGUCUAUGCUCUCUGUGUGUUAACUAUUAUUAAACAUACAUUAUGCAAGAGCUAAAUCUGCCUAUUGCAGGUCUUUCUUUAGACCGGAAAUGUUAUCUAAAUUAUUAAUUAGAUAUAAAUUAACUUAUCCAGACCAUAAUCAACCCUUGAUGUCAUCGCUAGCCUGCGAUGUUUAUUGGAUUAGGUUCUGAUUUGCUGUUCGACUUCCAUUCAUGAUUUAAUCAUGAAAUGGAUAAUCAAGACUAUUUUUUUUAUCGUACAGACUUUAGUAAUGAUGAUCGAGGCUAGGCUGAAAAUUCAAUCGCUAAAAUCUUGGUCCAGAGUGGAUCAAUUCCCUUUACAUUAUCUAGUUUUUAACUAUUAUAGUGAGAACUGUCAGCUCUUUAUCUAAUCUCCCAUGAUUUAUCUUUAAUAUUAUUAGAUUUUAUAAAUUUUGUGGCAAAUUAUAUCAAUUUAGAUAAAUUAAAUUUAAUAACUAAUUACAAUGUAGUUACAUGUACUCAUGUAGCUUAAUAUUAAUUUUUGGGGUGUUAAAAUAUUUUCAUAUAUAACAUGACAUGAACAGACCUGUAAAGCCUGCAGAACAAUAAUAUCUAGUUUUAGUCAUCAAAUACCGUUACAUAUUAUGGUUAAUAAAAUACAUACAUGUAUGGACACAUAUAUCAUUAUAAUGUUUAACAAUAUUCAUAUUAAACCUGUCUGUAUCUUUACAUUUAAUUAUUAUUUUUUAUAAUAUGACCUUUUAUUCUUUAUUUAAUUUUGUAUUAAAUUGUAACCCAAUUCAAAAAUCACCCAAAGCCAGAUUAAAUUCAGGGGGCAAGAUACCAGAAUCUGUCUACCACUCAUCACAGUUAUGGAAUGUGCACUGAACAAGGGGUUAAAGUGUAAUUUGAUUGUUAGAUAGAAAAAGGUAGACAGACUCUGAAAUUGUUCCGAUAAGAGCAGCUAUAGUGAUACCAAUCAGUUAUUGCCUUAUUUUUGAUGAAACCAGAACAUCGACUGGAAAGUGUAUCAUAAUAGCAUUUUUCUAUAAAUUUUAAACUAAGGCAGCUUUAUUGGUUGGUUGAAGCCUUAUUUUAUAAUAUCAUUCAUGGAUAAUCUUUAUUAUUUAUAUUGAUAUUUUUAUUUUAUAAAAUAAAGAAAAUGUCGGAAAUUAGACGUAUGUACAUGUACAUUAAUAUUUCACAGAUUUUAUAGCAUUUAAUCUUUUAUAUGAUCAAUUUCAUAUUUUAAUUUGUAUUACUAUUAUGCUUUAAAUGCACUGUCUUCCACAUGAAUACACAUACAUGUAGAUAUUGAUUAAGAAGCCUGUGUAAAUUUUAAAAUAUAUUUCAGGUGCAAAUCUUCCCUGUGAGAUGAAUAUAUAAGGAAAUAUUUUUUUCUGCUAAAUUUCCUUUUCACUUUCUUUCCUAUACAUUGUGAUACAUAUACAUGCCAUUUUUUCAAUUAUUGGAAAUAUAAACAAGGAUAAUACAUGCAAUAAUUAAUAUUUAACAAUAGGUAAUCUCUGGGGAUUAUUUAUUCAACAUUCCACAAAAAGUAACUCAUGCUUUAGAAGGAACCUAACGAAUAUAUUUAUAUUAAGUAUUAUACAUGUAUUUAUAUAGAAAUAAUACGGUCUAUCUGGUUGUAUCAGUUUCAUGUCACAUAUAUUUUAUUGCAAUAGGAAUUUUUUUUCUGGAUGGCAGGUGGUCAUUCAAUAGUAUAAUUGGACUACUGUGCCAUAACCUAUAAUUAGAAAAAAAUUUUAAAAUAGGUUAGGGAACCAUUCAUUCUUUUAGGGGAAUGUUUGACCCAUCUACAUAGCAUUUAGUCUAAUCACAAUAAUUAGAUUUGACAUGUAUAUCUGAACAUUACAUUGUAUAACUACUUAAUAUACCUUAAAUUAUACACUAUCUGCGCUUCUUUCUAUCAUUAAACUUUAUAGAUAUGUUAAAAUAUCUCAAGAGGUAUAAUAAAUAUUCAUUUUAUUGUGGGUGUAUCCCCAGAUAAACUAAUUAGUACCAGAAUCCAAAUUUGCAUCAUUUCCAAUAAACAAUUCAUGAGAAAUAUUGUUUUUAAGAUUUUUUGUGUAUUUGUUUACAAAGUGCAUUACUAUUUCAAAAACCAUUGAUGCUGUAGUGUUUUCUUUUGUAAAUGUAAAGAUAAGAUUUUAAGCCUAAGCGUUGAAUAAUGUUUAUAGAUUUUUCUCUGUUAGUAAGUAAAAUUUGAAUUGUGUGUAAUGCCAGUCUUGAUGAUUAUUUUUAUAUAAGAUUUAAUUUAGAUAAAUAUACAUGUAUAUCAAUUUUUGUAAUUAUGGUAUUGGAUAAUUUUCAUGCAGAUUUUCUUUUAGUCUUACUAGAACAAUACACUGUAAAACAUCACAACAAUUACUACUUGUUUGGGGGUUCAAAUAGAAUUCUCUCAACAUUUUCAAGCAAUUGAGGCCCUUUAGAGAAUAAUACUUUCUUGGAAACAAUGCCCAAAUAGAUUAGUAAUUUUUAUUCCAUGUUCUAUAGUGUAUUUCUUUAAGUUAUUUCAUGUAUAAUAUCCUCGUACAGUUACAAGGCUGUUCCAGUUACAAAGGUGAAUUGAACACCCUUGAAUUCUUGAGCUGAUUAGAUUAUGGACAUAGUUUUCCAGCCAACGAAAGACUACAAUAUAAUUAACUAUGGUUACAGAUAGUUAAAUGUAUUAUAGUUUAUCUAAUCAAAUACAACUUCACGAUAUAAGGGUUACAGUUCCGACAAUAACUGGGUUGAAAAAAAAAAACAAGAAUUAAUAAAAGUGCAAGCCAUGGUUGGUGAAGUAGAUAUAACCCUUGUCUCGAGAAGUGGGUUUAAUAUAGAUUUAUUUGUAUUUAAUAAACUUUUCAUCUAUAUAAAUCCAUUUUAUUUAAAUAGAACUACAUAUUUAUUUAUUGUAUAUUAUCUCAUCUCAUAUUGUUGGUUUUCUUUAAAUUUUAUUAGUGUUUUUUAUACCUUGCUUAUUUUAUCUAAAAUAAAGAUGUUCUUGAUGAGAAAUAAAAUUUAACUUUA